GAUUCGAUAGGUACUACAAUAAAAAAAUUUACUACUUUUCUGCUGAGUUGUCGCGAAAGUUGCAAGAAAAAUGAACAAGUUCAGCAUCGCAUUUCUGAUGAAUUUUCUCACUACAAUUUCUGCUCCUGAUACGGAACCUCAGGACAUGUUCACAAAAACCACGUAUUACGAAGCAAUCACCGAAGAUAAAGCAGUUAAAUCGCUGCGUAACAUUCGACCAAGUGAAGCUCUGCCAUUAGUUUUAUACAUGGAUAAUACUUCGUCGAAACUAGGUCCUCCAGAAACCCUGGGCGCAGUAUUUGUAGGCAAUUGGCGAAUAAUAAAUCCAACGCAGUUUACAAGCCGGAGAGCAGGUGAGCAAAUGUUUUUCUGCCCAGAGGAAGAUUCCGACGAGAAAUGCUUAGUUCGAAAAAAUUUCCUCCCAUUGGACCCAUUGGAGUGCUCAAAAGAACCAGAACUGGUUGUAGCACAAGACGAAAGUGAAAAAAAAUUAAAAUGUGGGCCAAAUAAUGCUGGCGAACCUUAUAUUCUUGUGUACGAGAUUUGUCCGGACGAGAUUGUUGCCCCUGAAACUUCGGACAAUUUUUCAAGUAGAAACAUCAGACUUUACGAAUUUUGCUACGAUGAAAAAGAAAAAAAGGUUUUUGGCACACUUCAUCAGAUCAUGCAUCCCAAGUUAUUAGGCUCCGAAAUACUAUCUUUCGAUCGUAGUGUACACUACCAUAUGAAAACGUUGGAUGGAUUCGAUCUUGCAAAUCAGAAAACAUUGGAAACUGCCAUAGCUGAGGAGGAAUCGAGUCCAAGAAGUAGUGAUGAUUCCGAGCAUCAGGAUAAAAAGCAAAAAACAAACCAACCCGUUUAUAGGGCACAGAAAUUGGUACCCGAAGAAGACAUGGCAUUCGCAUUAUGGAUAAAACCAAUUUUUCAAUACGUCAACUUCCAAUUGCAGCAUGAAAAACUAAUUCCACUUUGGAAUGAAAUUAGCAGCUUUAUUCGAGUUUACACUGCAGACAGGAAUACUGAUAAAAUCACCCUGCCUUUUAUUAUAACAAGCGUGGUUCAAUUGACUACCGCUACAAGAAGAGACGACGGCCAGAUAUCAAACGUAUGGGGAAAGUUGAUCUACUUUACAGAAGAGUCAAUGAUCAACUCACCAACACAAUCACUCGAUGCUUUAGUUAUUUUGAUGAAUAAUUACGUUGAGGUUGAUAUUAAAAAAGAUCACUCAACGUCAUCGAAUUCGGAGGAAAAAAUAAUAGAUGAUUAUUGCCAACAAAGUACAUGUGAGGAGUCGUUGAAAAGGAAAUUCGAAGAUGUUGGAGGUAGCAUACGUUGCUGCGCAAUGACAAACAAUGUGAGCGAAAUAUUCGGCAGCAGAAUCCAUAAAAUUGAAAAAAUGACGCGAAUUCCUGGUAUAAAUGGAACUGCUGAAGCUAUAGUGCAGAAUCCUAUCGAAGAUAGCCAGGGAACUGAAAUUCCAUCUCAACAAUAAUCUGCACAUUCAGAAUUUUAAGAUACCUAUUAUUUAAGGACGCCAAAUGAGAGGGAGAAGGGGAAAAAUUAUCCUGAUAUUUCGCAAAACUGAUUAAAUUUUAGUUUUAUAAUAGCCUAAUAAUAAAAAAAAUCAACGUUUUUUUGUACUUUAUGACACAAUAGAUACUUCAA